AUGGCGUUGGCCCUCAUCCUGGGUUGGUGGCUGGUGGCAAUGAGCAGAGCACGGCAUUUGCUCCGACCCUCCCUGUUGCUGCACCCCCGCCAGGGGGUGUCCCUGGGGGACACUGUCACCCUGCGCUGCCACCUGCCCCGAAUGCCUGCCUGGGUCCAGCUCUGGUUGAAUGGAACUCUCAGAUCUGACAAGCAAAAAGACAAGGAGCAGGAUACAGCUGAGUUCUCCUUUGCUGUCACAAACCUGGAAGAUGCAGGGACAUAUCAGUGUCGGUACCAGGUGUCAGAGCCACUGUGGACAUCAAAUACGAGUGAGCCCGUGGAGCUGGUGCUGACAGGUGCCCAGGGGCGGUCCCAUCGGAACCUGGUGGUGGCGGUGGUGAGGGGCUGUGCUGCUGUCUUCGUCUUCAGCCUGGGCCUCUACUUCGUCCUCGAUGCCCGCAGCCUCUGGACAAGGAGAGAUAAGAGCCCUGGUGAGGAAGUGGUUAAACGGUUUCCAUCCCUUAAAGAUCCUCUCAAGUGCCCUGCCUCCUCUUUCUGUCCUCAGUUGAAUUCCCCAAGUGCCCUUUUCCAUUCCCUACAGAUCCCCCCAGGUGUCCCCUACCUGUUCUUUGAUCCCCUACAGUCUUUAAGGACCACCAAU